UAUUGUUCCAAAUCGAAAUCAUCACCCAUCUACGUAUUAUUAUUAUAGACAAAAGGACUAUAAUCUCCCCACCAAGGUAGAGCAAAUUGUCAAGAAAAGCUAGUUAAUGGCACCUGCAUUCAAGGUUGCUGCGUGCCAUGUGGCGCCAGUCUAUCUCAACGCAGCUGAGACUACCAAGAGAUGCAUCUCCUUGAUCAAUGAAGCUGCCGACAAUGGCGCCCAUUUGGUAGUCUUUCCUGAAACGUACAUUCCCGCCUUUCCGUUUUGGAGCUCUGUUCUCAGCCCUGCUGACAGUCAUGGGUUCUUCAUUAAGAUGGCCAAGGAAUCUGUCUAUGCCGAUGGUGACGAGCUCACCGCCGUCUCGACUGUCGCGAAGGAAAGGAAUGUCUAUGUUAGCCUCGGCGUCUCAGAGAAAGUGAGGUACAGCAGCGCCACCUUGUUCAAUUCAAACUUCAUCUUCGGUCCGGCAGGCGAUGUGCUGGUGCACCAUCGAAAACUCCAGGCCACUUUCUUCGAGCGACUGACCUGGUCCAUGGGUGAUGGCAACGGGCUAAAAGUUAUCGAGUGUGCUCCUUCUGGGGCAGAAGGGCCACGAGCCAAAAUCGGUGCCCUGGUCUGUGGCGAAAACACGAACCCUCUUGCCCGCUAUACCUUGAUCGCACAAGGCGAACAAUUCCAUAUCUCGACCUGGCCAGCCAAGUGGCCUACAAAACCCAUCACCAGCCCUGACUCGGCCGAGUCAACAAACGGCACGUACAAAGACCCGACCCAAGGCGAGUUCGACAACGUUGUCCUCAAUCGCACACGGUGUGCUUCCCAAUGUGUCGAGGGCAAGUGUUUCGGCGUACUCUGCGCCGGCUUCAUGUCCACAGAGAUGAUCGAUACAUUACUCUCGAUGACUCCGGCCUCGGGGAAAGAGGUCAUGAAGUUGACGAUGGAGAACAGUGCGCAGGCUGAGACUCUAUUCCUCGGACCAUCAGGUGCUCCUAUCCCAGCGUACACAAUCGACAGUAAGACUGGUGAGAGGGAUGAAGUUGGGGUAUUGCGACACCAACAAGGCAUUUUGUACGCUGACAUGGACAUGGAUGCCACAAUAGAAGGAAAACAGUUCCAUGACGUGGUGGGAGGGUAUCAACGCUUUGAUGUUUUCGACCUCAAAGUCAAUACUGCAAGAAGGCAGCCUGUCAACUUUGUCAGCGCCGACGGUGGGUAGAUGCUCAGAUACUCAAAGUGCUCGUCUCAUCUGCAAGACCAUCCGUCAGAUGUCGACUGUGGCUGUCACAAUCACAAUCACAAUCACAAUCACGAGUACACUACAGUAUGGAUUGGACUUUCUUGGAUCAUGGCCACGAUCUUGUAAAAUCUUUGGAAAGAAUAUCUCAUUCAUGAGACUGGCCGGGCCACCUAAGAUACAUAUAUGCGCAAUGCAAGUGCCAAGUAAGAGGGAGACGCGUGUAUGUUUAUUUACACACAGCCGUUCGAC